UCGUUUUACUCACGUUGCACUAACUACUCAAUAAUUCAAGAUGUCUGGACGUGGAGGAAAAGGCGGAAAAGCACGCAACAAGGCAAAGAGCCGCUCAGCCCGAGCAGGACUUCAGUUCCCAGUUGGCCGUGUCCAUCGCUUCCUUCGCAAGGGAAACUAUGCUUCCCGUGUUGGAGCCGGAGCCCCUGUUUACAUGGCUGCUGUUCUCGAAUAUCUCGCAGCUGAGAUCCUCGAGUUGGCUGGCAACGCCGCACGCGACAACAAGAAGUCCCGUAUCAUCCCCCGUCACUUGCAGCUGGCCGUCCGUAACGACGAGGAGUUGAACAAGCUGCUUAGCGGAGUCACCAUCGCACAGGGAGGUGUUCUGCCCAACAUCCAGGCUGUGCUUCUCCCCAAGAAGUCUGCUGCUGCCAAGAAGGGUGGAAAGAGCAGCCAGAGCCAGGAAUAUUAAAUUUCCUGUGCCCAAGCACCAUCAAAUCGGCCCUUUUCAGGGCCAUCACAUUUCCAAGAAAGAACGAAUUGACGAGUCUCUUUAUUUAUUUUUAAUGGGGAAAUACUAAUAGUACGGUACCGGAGACAGGGUUGGGUGUGUUUUUUGCUUUGUCAAAAUAAUUAGGCCCUAAUGGAUUCCUCUCUUGGUGGGGUCAGGCCUCGGGGAUGGGCUUUAGUCUUGAGUUUCGAUAUUAUUUAUAUUAGGCCUAGGCCCUAUUAAUUGAUGACGAUUAUCAUGAUUAUGUGGGUCCUAGAAAAAGCUAAAAUAAACCCAAACUUAAACUUAAAGUCAGAUUAUCGGACACCCUUUUUCUGAAUCUGACUUUGCCUUUGGGUCAUUUUGGCUUCAUGAUUUCAACUUGGACUGGUGGGAGAGGGCUCCAGUCUGAUGGCAGUGAUGUUCCACUCCCCCAAAUUUUAUUUUGAUUUAUCCGCGUGAGCGCAGCUUUUCAAAAAUUCUGCCCCAAGAUAUUACUAUGUCUGGCCCCUCAAAUUUGUUGCCAUAGUUAUUACGCCACUGCCCCCAUUUAUGGAUCAACCUCUGAGCAUCCACGGAGAGUGUUGGCCCCGGAUUCUACCUUUUUGAGGGUCGGCUUUUCUCCUUGAUUUUGGGGAAAAAAUCAGGCGCCCCUAUUAAGAGCAUUCCGAGCAGUAAAAACAAUUGCACGUGCCUGUGAGUGAUGAGAACUGGAAACUAAUUUUAAAAAGAGCUAACAGUUAGAAAUGAUUCAUUGCAAUGAUAAAGCUUAUCAAAUUUCGCUGUAAAAAGUAUUCCCCGAAGAUAUAGACCUAGGUCUAGGAGUAGGACUAUAUAUAUAGGCCUAUAUACAGUGGCGUACCGUGGGUCACGUCAUUGGGGGGGCACCAGCAAAAAUUUUGAGUCGCUCAGUGAGCGCGCAAAGCGCGCUCAAUUACCAGGUAUAGGCCUAUUGACCUUAUAUAGAGACAUUUUAAGGACUGUGCCAUUAAACGGAUAUGUAAUGUAUCUCACUGAUCAAAUGAUGCGAGCGCGAAGCGCGAGCUGAAAAUUUUUGAAAUUCAUAUCUAAAAAGGGUAAAAAUAAG